CGCGAGAACAUCCCCUAACAACCUGUAAAACUCUCUUACCGGAAAAGCAGAUUGUGUAAGAACGCGGACAUUUUUUACAAUGGAUGAUUUUGGUCCUGUAGGCGGACGCCAAGGUCGUAGUUAUUUAAGCCAAGCCCUGUUGGAGGAAAGCGAGGUUCAAAGCCAGAUCUCUGUGGGUUCAAGCAAACAGCGUCGCAUUUCAGGAGAGAGCACGAAAAGCGACCGGAAAAUCUCUACCCAAGAGGAAAGUCGAAAGAUUUCAGUUACUGGACGACGAAUUUCUGCUGCGUCAUAUUUCAGCAGCUGGAAGAAACCAACGGAAACGAGUGCUGUAAAGGAACAGAGAAGGAGGUUGAUGGAGAAUACUUACCGCCUUGAACCGAAGAUUCGACUCCCUGAAGGAACCGUUCGUGCAAUUAUCACAGAAGCUUUGGAUACCUUAAAGUCACAUUCAUACAGCGCCACCCAUUCGCCGUUUAUUGCUAAGUUACUGACCACUCGUAUACUAGAAAGUGUAAAGCAGUUGAACAUUGAGCGCUACAAGUUUGUUUGUCUGGUUACCAUUGGAACGAAAGGAUCUCAGGAUUUAAGAAUAGCAAGUCGGUGCCUGUGGGACGAUCAGUUUGAUACAUUUGUCAGUGUUUGCUUUGAAAGACAAGAAUUUUUCGCGGUGGGAACAGUUUAUGGUGUUUAUUUUGAAUAGCAUUUAUUCUUCUUUUGGAGAAUUUUCAUCCCGUGUUUAGAAACUGAUAACAAUUGUGGCAACCGUUGCUAGAGAAAUUCAAUACUGCAGUUUGUGGUCGAUAUCCUUCAUUCUGAAAUACUUUACCGUCUAGGACCGACUCCGUGCAUCGUUUAAAUACGUUAGCGUUCAUUUUUAUUCUCAGAGACGUCAGCCAACUCCACUGAAGCAACUGAUACGCUGUGAGGAGAAUUGCGCCAGUGAGAAAGUGAAAUUACUUAUCUUGUCACUGGAUUAGACAAAACAGACUCUAAAAUAGCACUGGCGUGAGAUAAAAGAUCGGGCAUUAGGUUAACAAAACAUCAUGUGGUUAGAUUUCGAGAUUCCAAAGAGUUUAUUAGGAUUAAUCCGGUAGGAAAUACGUUGCUCUCGGAUGGGAUCAAUUAUCUUUCAAGUUAUCUUUCAAUUCUCUAACCUGACGAUCUUACGUUUUCUUAAUAGCUUUUACUGUGAAUUCGGUGUUACGUCUCUACAAUUCUUCCACAGUGUACUAAAAACUCCUAGGAUAACUUAUACGGGCAGAUCGAUCUCUUGAGUCGGAGGUCAGUUUAUUUUUGUCAACCGAUAAUUGGACUAGCUAUUAAAACUUACCAGAGAAUUGUG